UUUAGUUUUUGAAGUCCCCGAAGCCCUUCUCUUCACUCCGUGUCUCUCGCAUCCAAAGAGAGAGAGAGAGAGAGAGACUGAGAGAGAGAGAUCUCCCCCACCGGAAUCUGACGUCUCCGGCGGCGGGAUUUGCCCACAUUUUCUCGGUCCAGCAAUGAAAAAAAAAAUCAGAACUCCAUUCAAGGGGAUAAUUAACGAUAUCAAAGGAAGGGCUGCAUGCUAUAAGGAAGAUUGGAUAUGUGCACUCUGCUCAGGCAUUGGGAUAUUGGCUCCAACUACCUACAUCUUUUUCGCUUCUGCUCUCCCCGUUAUUGCCUUUGGGGAGCAACUGAGCAGGGAAACAGAUGGAAGCUUAAGCACGGUUGAAACAUUAGCUUCUACUGCUCUCUGUGGUAUUGUUCACUCAAUUAUUGGUGGACAGCCUUUGCUGAUUUUAGGAGUGGCAGAGCCCACAGUUAUAAUGUACACUUAUUUGUACAAUUUCAGUAAAAGACGGCCAGAGUUGGGGAGCAAGCUGUAUUUAGCUUGGGCUGGCUGGGUUUGCAUCUGGACGGGACUCCUGCUGUUUGUUCUUGCCAUAUCCAACGCAUGUACCAUCAUCUCUAGAUUUACAAGGAUAGCAGGGGAACUUUUUGGGAUGUUGAUUGCUGUUCUUUUCAUGCAAGAGGCUGUUAAGGGAGUGAUCAGUGAAUUCAGUAUUCCCAAAGCUGAAGAUCGAGCAUUAGAAAAGUAUCAAUUCCAGUGGCUCUAUACAAAUGGGUUGCUUGCAAUCAUUUUCUCUUUUGGUCUACUUUUCACUGCCCUUAAGAGCAGAAGAGCAAGAUCAUGGCGAUACGGCACAGGAUGGUUCCGUGGUUUUAUUGCAGAAUAUGGGGUUCCCCUUAUGGUCUUGUUGUGGUCAGCAUUGUCUUAUGCAGUACCCGGUAAGGUUCCCGAUGGAGUUCCUAGGAGGCUCUUUUGUCCAUUUCCCUGGGAAUCUGCAUCAUUGUACCAUUGGACAGUAAUCAAGGAUAUGGGGAAGGUACCACUGUUGUACAUCUUUGCUGCCUUUAUACCAGCCGUGAUGAUAGCAGGCCUAUACUUUUUUGACCACAGUGUAGCUUCUCAGAUGGCACAGCAGAAGGAAUUUAACCUCCAAAAACCUUCUGCAUACCAUUAUGAUAUCUUAUUGCUUGGACUAAUGACUAUGAUUUGUGGGUUGCUUGGACUUCCUCCUUCGAAUGGGGUCCUCCCACAGUCCCCCAUGCACACCAAGAGUCUGGCAGUUCUCAAGAGGCAGUUGAUCCGAAAGAAAAUGGUGAAGAGUGCCAAGGAAUGUAUUAAACAACAAGCGAGCAACUCUGAAAUCUAUGGAAAGAUGCAAGCUGUUUUCAUAGAGAUGGACACAGCUCCAACUAACAAAGAGUUGGAGAACUUGAAGGAGGCUGUAAUGAAAGCUGAUGGUGGGGGAGAUGCAAAGGGCAAAUUUGAUCCGGAGAAACAUAUUGAUGCUUAUUUGCCAGUCCGGGUGAAUGAGCAAAGAAUGAGCAACUUGUUGCAGUCCGUCCUUGUGGGCUUAUCAAUUUGUGCCAUCUCUGUAAUCAAAAGGAUACCGACCUCAGUUCUUUGGGGAUACUUUGCCUACAUGGCCAUUGAUAGUCUCCCAGGGAAUCAGUUUUGGGAAAGGAUGUUACUCCUCUUUAUCACCCCCCAACGUCGUUACAAGGUCUUGGAAGGCUCUCAUGCUUCAUUUGUGGAGUCAGUACCAUUUAAGUUCAUUGCUACAUUUACAAUCUUCCAAUUUCUAUACUUCCUGGUCUGUUUUGGAGUGACAUGGAUACCUAUAGCUGGAAUAUUGUUCCCGUUGCCGUUCUUCAUUCUCUUAAGCAUAAGACAGCACGUGCUUCCCAAGCUCUUUGACCCUAACCAUCUUCAGGAACUGGAUGCUUCUGAGUAUGAGGAAAUUGCUGGUGCCCCGCGUACCCGAAGUCUCUCAAUUGCGGAAAAAGAACUGCCUGAUUCUAAUAGUGAGGAGAGUUUAGAAGAAUUCUACGAUGCCGAGAUUUUGGAUGAGCUGACGACCAAUAGAGGGGAGGUCAAGCUCAGAACCGUAAACUGCAGCGAAGACAGAUUCUUCCAGGUUUACCCAGAUGAUGUCCGAAUAUAAUGAGAGCUGCUAUGGUGUUAGGUUAGAGACUGAUUGUUAUAAUGAGGUGGUGAGUGUGAUCCUGUGAAGAAGUGGUGAAAUGUGCUGUCUUCUUCUUUGGAGUCGGCUAAUUAUAGAUGAUAUCAUAAAUAUAGAAUAUCAAAUACAACAACAAAGAAACAAAAAUAUUAAAAAAGAAAAGAAAAGGAAAGAUGAAGAAGAAUAGAGAAAAGGAAGCAUUUUCAUUUUCAGUAGGGGAAAGCCAUUAGUAUGUUUACAGCGAGCUCGUAUAGCCUUUCAUUCAUUUGCUCAUUAUUUUACUAGCAAAUCUAGGGACAGAGGGUUAGUAGGGAAAAGGGUUUGACAGAUCCUUUCAUUUCUUUGUUUUGAUUUGAACCGUGAUUACUAGAUUUUGUACUGAAUUUUUUUUAUUGAAUUUAUUAUUGAGACCGAGUUGUACAAAGAUAGUAAUGGCUCGUUUGGGUGUGCGAUUUUUAUGUAUUAUAUUUUACUAUUCUUUAUUAUAUUCAAAAUUGUGAAUACCG